AUGGCAGAACAAGUAGUGCCAGCUCUGCCGCCUGCGGAAUCCUUCAGUCGCAGACCGGUUUUCGGCCGUGCUGUAUUGUGGAUAGGGAUUGUAGCUAUCAUUGCUUCAUUAGUUGUAAUUGGCUACUUGUGUUUUUUGUUCAAGAGGAAGCUUUCUAAAUACUGCAAGUUAUGGCAAAACAGGAAGGAUGAACUUGAUGCUGAGAAGUUGUCUUUGAAAAGAUUCCAGCUUGAGGAAUUACAAAAGGCAACCAACAAUUUCGGCGAAGAGUGCAAAGUCGGUUCUGGUGCGUUCGGGGAUGUUUAUGUUGGAUGGUUUAAGGUCCAGGGAUCAUUGGCAAUCAAAAAGCUUCAUCCUUAUUCUCGUACUUCCCUUGAGGAAUUCAGAAAUGAAGUGAGGUUGAUAUCAAAAGUCAAGCAUGAAAAUCUCGUUCGCCUGGUAGGGUUCUGCGAGGAAUCGGGAAAUCAAGGAGAAAACGUAAUGGUCUAUGAGUAUGUCAGCAAUGGUUCACUGCUUGAUUACCUUAGGGGCAGGGGAGGGAGGAUCUUAACCUGGAAGCAAAGAGUAAAUAUAGCCAUUGGAGCAGCCAAGGUAUAUAUGCAGGCAAGGCCUAAUUUGGAGGAAGGGAGAAUCGAAGAAAUCAUAGAUGCAAAUCUUCUAAUUGAAGAAUGUAACAUGGAAAUGAUGUUACAGAUGGGACAACUGGGCCUAAGAUGUGUGGUGGAUACUCCUAAAGAGAGGCCUACAAUGACUCAAGUGUGGCAAGAAUUAGAAACAGCACUUCAAUCUGUUGUGCUUAAACAACCAUUAUCAACACCCCAGAAACUUGAAAAUUCGCUUACGGCAUCAGUAGUCGUCCUCGACAAAUUCCCUGCAGUAAUUGAUGAACCAUAUUCCCAAAACUCCUCAAGCAUAGAUGAUACUAGAGUUGAAAGAUUUCAGGUCGAUGAGGUAGACGAGGAUCCCCCGUCUUUCCAGAGUCCGAGCUUAAGGUGUUUUGAGUACAGUAUAAGCAUAGAUGCUGCUGCAAACUACCUAAAAGGCGAGGUGACAAGCCAAAGCAUGGACGAGGGAUCAUCCAGCUGCCUGAUUGAACCGCAUAGCUGA